CAUUUUCAUGUCUCGACUCUUCAAGCUGUGCAUACUCCUCUUCCAGUAUGGUUGAGAUAAUUUACGUCAUUGGGUGGGGACCUGAGACGUUCACUCGUGAAACCAUAGAGCACGAGCGAAUAUUACGGCCAUCUCAAAAUGAAACUUAUCGCUCGCCGGUCGAGCCAGAAGACUGUGGAUAUGAAGUCAAUUGAACUCUCGACCCUCCGUGAACAGAAUGUCGCCCGCCGCAGAAGACCACGGUGAAUCUAUCAACUUGCCUGAGGCCACUCUACAACAGCUAAUACAAGAUGCUUCGGCACAACACGCCGACAAAAUUGCGCUCAUCUGCAAGCAUCAGCCUGCAGGCCUAUUCAACUUGCCAUCACAAGGAUCCGAUUGCCUACGAUGGACGCAUCGACAAUUGUUCCAAGCGGCGAAGUCUUUUGCUGCUGGUCUUUCCGCCGCUGGGUUGACCAAAGGCAUGCGGAUUGCAGCCUUCUUGCAUAACGGAGCAGAAUUUGCCGUGGUUCUGUACGCGGCUGCACUGAUGGGAUGUGUCUUCGUUCCCAUUAAUGCUGCAUAUGCCUCAAAGCCGGACGAUGUCCAGUUCCUUCUAGGACUCGCUGAGCCGAACGCCGUCGUGGCCUGGAACCAGGACAUGGCUGAAGCUCUUUCUCCCAACCUGCCGGCGAAUGCAUCUAUCAAGAUUCUAUGCAGCGGCCAUGCCGAGGAUUGGCAGCCCAUAAAAGAAGUAUUUCGGGAUGCUUCUGAUUUCGAUCUUCCUUCCAGCAUGAGCUUGGACGACUUGGCUAUCGUCAUCUUUACCAGUGGCACGACGUCUCGGCCCAAGGGAGUGAAGCAUCUCCAACGAACCAUUGGAGCCGGAAUCCGAGCAGCAAUACAAAUACUCGCAUUGGACUCUUCGCGAAGCUUUUGCAAUAAUCUCCCUCCAUUUCACAUCUUCAGCGUUGAGUACUCGCUGAACUUUUGGUGCUGCGGCGGCACCGUCUGCUUUCCUGCGCCGACCUUCGAGCCCGGACUAGCCCUGCAUGCUAUCCACGAAGAGAAAUUGACCAAUCUUGCGGGCGUCCCCACGAGUAUGGCCGCGUUAUGUGCUCAUCCUUCGCUCGCUGAAAAGGAUUGCUCAAGCCUAAUGCACGUUUUGGUGAGCUCCACCAUGAUCCUCCCAGGAAUUAUUAAAUCAAUCAGCGAAAGCCUGAAGGUCCAAAAUAUAUCGGUUUCCUUCGGAAUGAGCGAAUCGGUGCCAAUUACAGGCACACCAUAUCGGGACCUUCCCAUAAAACUGGAGGGCGACAUGGUGACCACUGGAAAGGCAGCGCCGGGUGUUCGAGUCCGCAUCUGCGACCCUGAACACAAAGAUAGAGUCCUAUCACGAGGUAUUGCUGGUGAGCUUUGUAUGAGCGGGCCCAUGCUUUGCGCAGGUUACCUCGGCGAUGUAAAGGGCGACUUUUUCGAAGCCGACGGCCAGAGAUGGCUAGCCACAGGCGAUCAAGCGAAGAUGGGCGGUGAUGGUUGGAUAUUCGUGCUCGGGAGAUACAAGGACAUAAUCAUUCGUGGUGGAGAAAAUAUUGCGCCAGCGACUAUUGAGACAGUUCUGGAAACCAUCCCCGGAGUACAGACGGCGCAAGUCGUCGGAGUUCCGGAUCCGAUUGCUACAGAAGUGCCGUUUGCGAUCAUCAAACCCGCCGGCGAUGCAUCGCUGGAUACGAGUGCGGCUCAUCACAUCAUCAAAGAGAAACUUGGCGUUCAGUAUCUUCCGGCAACGACCGUGAAUAUCUCGGAUUUGGAGAUUGAUGACUUCCCGCGGACAGCUUCCGGGAAAGUGCAGAAGGAAAAACUUCGAGAGUUGGCAAAGGCGUACACCGAGGCACGGGAUGAGAAUGAGCAGUGCUCAGGAGAAGAAGCAAGGUCCGCCACUGUAAAGCAAAUCUGGUCCGAUUUGUUGGGCGUGUCAAAGAACAAGCUGCCCACGACGACUCCAAUGGAUCAAGUUGCGGACAGCAUCACGAUCAUGCGCUUUGCCAGUAAGGUACGACAGAUGCUAGGCCGAGACGUUACCAUGAAAGAGCUAGCCGAAAAUAAUACGAUCGACGCUCAAGUGGAAUUAUUGAAGCCCCAGGUUCAAAUCGCCGCUCGCAGUGAGAUAACAACACCACGACAUGGUCCGCCACAGACCUCAGACAUGACUCAUACCCUCGGUAAUGAUGAGAGAGCACACCAGACCCGAGUUGCAUUCGAACAUGACACAGCCGGCAUGGGCUUGUCGUGGGACGAAGACGUUGAGGAUAUCAUCCCGAUCUGGGACUUUGGCCAGGUUCUCGCCCGCCGAAUCCGAAAUCAGUCAUGGAAUCAUCGUCACGUAUUUGUGACGACCGACGCCGAUAUCCACAGCCUCCGAGCAGCUUUAGAGGAAGUCUUGCCACGGCAUCCUAUGUUAAGAUCUGUGUCACUAGAAGAGCCCUCCGUCUUUGCCAUCAUUCGUCCUUCUGCUAAAUGGUUCGCAAAAGCUAUUACUGAAGUGAAUCCCGUGGAAACGGUCGACGAUCUCAAGAGAUUGUACCUCAACGAUCCUAUGCUUGACUUCGCCGCGCGUCCUGGUCCGUUAUUUCGAGCUUUAUUGGCUCCGAUAGAAGGCACCAAUCGAUGUGGUCUCGUGUACCAACUCCAGCAUUCAUGCUUCGACGGUCUCUCGAUUCCAAAUAUGAUUGAAGACCUUCGAACUGCAUUGAAGCAAGAUGCCAAAAAGGAGUAUCCUUUGCGCACACCCUACAAGCCGUUCGCUGAUGCGCUCUUCUUGCAACGGGGUUCUGCAUCGGCUUCUGCUGAUUGUGAUUACCAUGUUCGGCGCUUGAAAGGACUCUCGAAGCUGGAGUCAUCUUUCUGGCCGCGUCAGCGCGCUCCAGAGUGGUUCAAAGGCUGUUCCGCGGACACUGACAUCAAACGCGCGCCCAUUGAUGGUGAGAAGGCCAUCGGGGUCGACGGGAUCACGAAGCGCGUCGAUUUGCCCGGAUUGCCUGCACUACGUCAAAGCCACGGUGCCACAGCCCCUGUCGUGCUCAAGACCGCAUUAGCUCUGCUGAACGUCACAUACACCGGCCAAUCUCAGGCGAUCUUCACUAACUACCAGGCUGCACGAGACUGGCCUUUCCUCAGUCCGUGGAUUGCCGAGCAUCUCCCAAACGCAAUGGACGUAAACGGACCCACGCUGGAAGCCGUACUGAACAAAAUUCCCUUGAGGAGAGAUGAGACGAUACUGGAAACGAUACAUCGCAUCAACGACGAACAGCAACUUCUCACCCGCCACGCUCAUGCCCCUCUCUUCGAGAUCCAGAAACGUUUGCGGGAAGACGGGAAGGAUCUCAUUGACAUUAUACGUCGCCAGAUUUACAACUGGUUGCCAAGAAUGCAAGGCGGCAGUGCGAGCGAGACAGCGGACUCCUCGCUGCAACGUAUCCAUAUCCAAUCGCGGAGUGAUGUGGGAUUACUUUGGAACUGUGGCUUAGUCGACGAACAUACCAUUCAGGUCAAUGCGAGCUAUGAUGAUGCCCAAUUGAGCGUUUCAGAAGUCGAGGAGGCGCUGGAUCUGCUGUUUAUCAUCUUGAGGAAGAUUACGGAUCCGGAGCAUCUUGAUGAUAGUAUUGGAAGCGUUCUUACAGAUGUGCCGACUCCCAAGACUUCUUGGUGAGGGGUCAUCUUACAUAGUGCUGUGGAUUGGUUGACGAGGCUAGAAUCAUGUCGCUUCUACCUGCGUAGCCCUACAUGGUCGAAACGUGAAAUGGGCUAGACAAUCCUUGAAGCGUAUGAUCCCAAGGGGUGCGGACGUGUUCACAGCUUGACGAAAUUUGCCGCCCGUUGCAAGAUCAUAUCCUUUCUAUCAAACAGAAGACCUACAACAAAAUGCCGCCUUGGAUAAUUUUAUUGACUUGGGCAAGUGCGUGAAAAGUACUCUACACAACGAUGACACGAUGAUGACACGAUGAUGAUAUAAUGGACCAUUGACGCGCGAGGAAGUUCCGGAGACGCGCUGGUCCUGAGGUGGCCCGCGCAGACGCCACGGGCCUUUCCGCGACUUGUGACA